CAAGUGAGUAAUAGCUGUCAAACAAAACCUAAAUAGAAAUCCCUCACUGAAAAUUAGUCCUCUCAUUCUUUUCAAUUUUGCCCCUUUUUCUUUUUCCUCUAUUAAUCAAUCCGAUUUUAUCUUUCUAGGGCGCUGUUCGUGUGGUCUUCGCAGCACCCCACCUUUCGAUUUCAAUCCUGAGGUUGAGCAUAGCUGCUAAUACAAGUCACUAUGUCGGAUAGUCAGGAAAACGACAAGAAUAUCGAGAUAUGGAAGAUAAAGAAAUUGAUCAAGGCUCUAGAAGCUGCUAGAGGAAAUGGUACGAGCAUGAUAUCCCUCAUCAUUCCCCCAGGCGAUCAAAUAGCCCGAGUGACGAAGAUGCUGGCGGAAGAGUACGGUACAGCUUCAAAUAUCAAAAGUAGGGUUAAUCGUCAAUCUGUACUAGGUGCAAUCACUUCUGCACAACAGAGGCUUAAACUCUACAACAAGGUCCCCGUUAAUGGACUAGUUCUCUACACUGGAACUAUAGUUACUGAUGAUGGAAAAGAGAAAAAAGUCACCUUCGACUUCAUGCCAUUUAAGCCAAUCAAUGCUUCCUUAUACCUUUGUGACAACAAAUUUCACACCGAGCCCUUGACUCAGCUCUUGGAAUCCGAUGAGAAGUUUGGUUUCAUUGUCAUGGAUGGGAACGGGACCCUUUUCGGUACCUUGAGCGGCAACACUAGAGAAGUGCUUCACAAGUUCACAGUUGAUCUUCCGAAGAAGCACGGGCGAGGUGGGCAGUCGGCUCUUCGAUUCGCUCGUCUUCGAAUGGAGAAGAGGCACAACUACGUGAGAAAGACCGCUGAGCUGGCGACACAGUUCUACAUCAACCCUGCCACCAGCCAGCCGAAUGUAUCGGGGCUUAUACUAGCUGGAUCCGCUGAUUUCAAGACUGAGUUGAGUCAGUCGGACAUGUUUGACCCUCGGCUCCAGGCGAAGAUACUGAAUGUGGUGGAUGUGUCAUAUGGAGGGGAGAAUGGCUUCAACCAGGCUAUUGAACUAUCUGCGGAAAUUCUGUCGAAUGUGAAGUUCAUUCAAGAAAAGCGAUUGAUCGGCAAAUUCUUCGAGGAAAUUAGUCAGGAUACUGGGAAGUACGUUUUUGGAGUGGACGACACAAUCAAAGGGCUUGAGAUGGGAGCUGUGGAGACACUGAUAGUGUGGGAGAAUUUGGAUAUAAACCGUUUCUUGUUCAAAAACAGUGUGACGAAUGAGAUUGUGAUAAAGUACUUCAACAAGGAGCAGGAGAAUGACCAGAGCAAUUUUAAAGAUGCUGAAACUGCUGCAGAAUUGGAGGUGCAAGACAAAAUGCCGCUGCUCGAGUGGUUUGCUAACGAGUACAGAAACUUUGGGUGCUCGCUCGAGUUUGUCACUAAUCGUUCGCAAGAGGGUUCGCAGUUUUGCCGAGGCUUUGGUGGCAUUGGAGGUAUACUUCGCUACCAGGUUGAUAUCCGGUCUUUUGACGAGCCGGAUGAUGAUGCGGAGUUUUUCGAGGAUUCGGAUUAAGUUCGAUGAGUCAGUCAUUCGACAUGAUAUGGAAAUUCGUGACGGAUAAGUAAGUUAUUCUGGCUGGCUCUGUUCUGCUCGUGAGUUUGCAUUUAUUUAUGUUGCGAUGUUGUCUUUAUUAUGUUUCUUAUUUAAGUUGGUUGGAUUCGAUAUUUGCUUUUCUUUUUUGCUGGUUCUUUGAGACUGUGUUGCCUCUUCUUUAUUAGGUUUUGCAACCUUGAAUGAACUUAUGUUACAAAUUGACAUUUUCCUGCUACAUUUAUAUAGACCUGAAAUUUGGAAAUUUGAAUGGGCAGUUA